GUGGUGGUGGUGGGAGGAGGAGGAAGGCGGUUAAUUAAUUUUUGUUCUUGCAUUAAAGGGGGGGUAUGGGGAGAUAAGUGAGAUAUCAGCCGAGCUUUCGGGGCGGGGGGUGCCCGUGUGGAUAUGUGUGUGUGUGCGAGGUCUGGAUGGUGCUGUGCGUGUGGACUUGGAUCAGAGACGGGAGAGACACGGAGGAGAGAAAAGCUCCGUGCUGGCACGACCCAGGCAAUCGGGUGACCUCUUUCUUCCUUUCUUUCUUUCUCUCCCUCUCUCCCCCUCUCCCUCUCCCCGUCCCCUCGCUGCCCCCGUCUCGCCGCUGGUCCCUCACCGGCGGUGCUGCCCCCGCCGCCGCGCUCCUGGAGUUGGGAUGCGGGGGUCCCCGGCGGCGCGGGGCUGGGGGGCUGCUGUGCCCGCAGGAGGCUGCUCGCAGGAGGACAGCGUUCGGCUGGAGAGCAGGAGCCAUUACACACGCUUCUGCUCUCCUUUGAGAGAAAGAGAGCGAGAAGGGAAGAAAGGAAUGGGAAGGAGCCCACUUCUUCUCGCUCAGUUCUCCAACGUCCCUACCUUUAAACCAGGCAAGGGAGAAGGAGCUUUCUCCCCUGCCCCUUUCUCCACCACCCGGAGCAGCUUUCUCCCUAUCUCUCCCCUUCUUUCCCUUUCUUUAUCUCCCUGUCCUCCAUUUGCAAGCUGUCUGCUUUGGUUCCAGUCCAGGCUCCACAACACAAAGCUUCUCCUUGCUCUCGCUCACAUGCACACACACAGUCCACAGGCUCUUUAUGUCUUCUGGAGUAACCUUCUUCUUCCCCCCCCCCCCCCCCCCCCUCCGUCCUCCUGGCUUUGUGGUUUCUAUUCUCCACACAGAGAGAUCCUCCUGGAGCUUCAUGUGGUCGUGAUCUGAUAGGAUUCCUCCCCCCCUCUCACACCCCUCUUUUGGGGGAGAAAAGGGAAAAGUUUCAUUCGUUUUUCUGGUGUUUGGAAGGAGAAAGACCUUCAAGUUUGAGUGCUUUCUGCAGCUGCUUUUGUGUGUGUGUCUGUGGGGGUCUGUUUGUCUCAUGAAGCUGCUUGCAUGUCUAAGAGGAAGUGACUAGUUUGGCAGAGAGCUGUGAUCUGAGUCAGGUAAGCCAUGUCAUGUUCUCUAGCUCCACCAGAAAAUGGAGGAGAGAGAGAGUAGACAAAGCUGAGAUGGGAACUGCUCCUAACAUCGUGGAUGCCUCUCCAUGUUUUGAAGCUUUGCUGGCAGAAGCUGGCUUAAUCAUGAUUUUUUCCCCUAGGGUUUCUUCAGUUUUUUCAAUGUACAACAUUGUGAUGGGUCUUCUCUCUGACUUCAUGCUAUCAGGAAAUGAGGAUUGGAGGAAAUUGUUCAGAUUCUCCUUCACACAGAGAAACACAUCCUUAGCUUUUUUGCUCUUAUGCUUUCAUGUGGAGGUCACCUUUCUAGACAUUUUUCUUUGGUUAAAGACCACAGAAUUUAGGAGGUUGAUCGGUUGACCAAAGAAAUUGUUUAUAUGUGCAUAUAUUUAUAGAUUUUUGAAAGCAUUUGGAGGUAAGUGCACGCAGCUUGAGGCUGCUCAGGUUCUUCCAGAGAAUAUCAUGAAAUGUCAUUUUUUUUUCUAGGUGAUGCUGUUGAUGCCUGAUUUAUGGGAUUUUUAACUUCUGAUUUUCAAGAGAAUUCCUUCUUUUGGAUGUAUUUUAAAUUAAGAUGGAAUAUUUCUCCCCACUCGCUAGGUUGCAUUAAAAUGAUAUUGGCAAGCUUUUAGUAGGUUCCUCAGAGCAUCAUAAAAUACAUAAUUUCUCUUGGAAAAUAUGAAACAGUUUUCACAGCUGUCUAUUUUGGUGUCUUAAAUUCUAUUUUCCUUUAUUUUUUCCGAAAAGUUGUGGCCGCAUUUUUGUUACGAUUUUAAUGCAGUUAUGGAAACCUAAGAUCUUUAAAGAGAGAUACCACUUGAAAAGGAAUUUGUUUGAUUUUCUUAAGCCACCCAUUUAUCUGAAAUCAUUUGGAGUAGUCUCAGACCAGUCCUCACUCUCUUCCCACCAGCCUCGAUUUGCACAACAGUUGCACAGUAGAUACAGUUGCACAUAAAAUUCAAACUACAAUGCUGAAAUGCAUGAAGGGGAUACCAGGAAGAAGUGUGCUGAGUUUGAAGGCACAGCUCCAUAGAAAGGUAAUGUUCAUAUGUAGACUGUCCUGAAGCAUUUAAGAAGGAAUGUACAACAUAUAGGAAGUACAAGUGACAGGACAGGAAAUUGGUGACUCUGAAUCAAAACACACCCCAACAUGGCCACCAAGAACUGAAAUAUUUGGUAAUUGUUAUGACUAGUGUUGGAGUUGGGAUGCACCUCCUGCAAGGUUAAAAUCAAUUACUUUUUUUUCUGUGGAAUAAAUUCCUUAAUAUAUAAUUUAAUGCAACUGGAAAGUAUAUUACAUUAUCAGAUGCACAUUGUGUUACUUCUGGUAGCUGGUAUGUCACCUAAAUUACUGAGAUACCAUGAUAGUCUCCAUCUUUCUGAAACACUUUCAGAAGUGGGCCAUGGAACAUACACUACUUCAGGUAUGCUUCACCUUAUGCUUUAACAAAGUAAGGAGUGGGGUCAACUAUUCAAUUUUUUUUUCUCCUUGAGGUGAUGUCCACUGAUGCACUUUACAGUUUCUGUGCAGGUCUAAAUCUGCAGCCACUGAAGGUGAUGAGAAAGUCCUCACUGAUCUCUGGUGGUCUGAUCAGAUCCUAAGUAUCCAUCUCCUCUAUUAGGGCUACAGUCUCCUUAGGUAUCUGAUUGUGUUACACAGUUCAAAAUACGGACUUCCCUCUAACUUGAGAGGCCCACUCAUUGUUUGCCUGCAGACACAUUUUUCUUGAACGUGGCAAUAUAAGAAACAAGUUUGAGAUUUAAGUUGGGGAUCUUCAUGGGAAGGCAUCUUGGCUCUCUGCUGCAGUGGCAGGCACCCUACAGGAAACCAGACGUCAUUGCAAUGGUUUAUGUUGGAGUGUGGCAUAACUUCUGUGGGAGUUUUCUUUAUUAUCAGACUGAAAUGUCAUUAGAGUAUACUAUAUUUUUAAUGAUGGUCCUUGUUGCAGUCUUCCCAGAUUGAUAUCCACCUUGCUUUUAGAAGACCAGCUGAGUGACUUCUUCUAUUUUUCAAAACGAGAUAAAUAAACAAAUAAGAAGUAGCUCUAGAAAAAUAAUUUUAAUUAAUGAGAUAGUGAUGACUAGCACGCGUCUUGUCAUAACGCACAAAUUAUCUUCAUUCAGAUAGUGACUUUCAGUUGCUUUUGAUUUAUGAGCAGUGAGCACCCAGAGCUUGUCUAUGGUGCAGGCUCUAAGAGAAACCGCAUUCUUAGGUUAUUCUUAAGUAUGUAGACUUGCUUUUCUUAAUUGCUUUUCUUAACCCCAUUAGACAUAACCUAUGGACUACUGCUUUAAAAAUAUUUAAACAACUAAUCGAUUUCCUUAUACAUUUUUAUUAGGUUGAUAGUGAACUACAUUCUGGAGAAACUUAAAAUAUCAUGUUUCCCUUUUUUUUCCCCCUUCCAAUCUUUAUUCCAAAAAGUAUUCCAAACAUUACCAUGUUAAAAUACAAUUUUUUAGUUUACUUCUUGUAUAUGCUCAGGCAAUGAAGAAUAUGAAUACAUAGUUGGAUGGUGGAGAUGGAAAGUAGAACAGCUGCAAACACAACUGGGAAAAAAAGAUGGUCAAUUUAAUCCAGAAAAGUUUGUAACUAUUUUUGGAGUAUUGUGAUUGACUUUUAUGAAGAUGUGAGUAACUGAAAAGAUAGCUGAUAAGGAUUGAAGGAAAACUAUGUUCAGCAUAGAUGUCUGGACAUCUGGCAGACGUUACUCUGGGCCCCAAGGAAUGGGCAAGUUUAAUUUUAGUCUUAGAAAGGAAAUGGGAAGAACCGAAGUCUUAUAAUAGUGCGAGUUACAGUUUAAGGAAGGUUACUUCAAAAAAAGCCCAAAGAUGCCUCUUGAAAUUUGGAACUCCCAGAAACAAGUGUGAAUGAACUUUUCCAGUGAACUUUCUGAUAAUUCCAAACAACAUGUGGAUGUACAGUGUAAGCUGAGUUUGCUCCAGUUUGCUGUAACACUUUCUCUGCAUGUUGUUUUGGAUAAUUACUUAAAUUGAGCAGAAUAACAUUGCUUUGUAGUAGGAAAUUGCAGAAAAGGAACUUCUGUCCGUGAAAUUAGUGAAAAGCUAUGUAGCAUUCAUUAAUUAACAUUGCCCCGCUAUGAAGCUAUCACUAACCAAACCUAGUGACAAAAGUCACAGAAGAAUAAUUGUCCAAAAACACCCAGUGAGAUACUGAAAUGAGUGACUGGAAGAAGCACACUGGUAGAGGAAAGAGAUGCUCUUCUGACAGACCAGAAAAGGUGGUCCAUGGAGACCUGUCUGACUCUUUUCAGGUAUCAUACUUCCCUAUAUUUUGCUGUGUUUUCUGUGCACUGUAGUAGAAAACCACAUAAAGGCUUUUUUUUGUUUGUUUGUUUGUUUGUUUUGUGGAUAUUUCUCUAUUUUGAACUGAAAUCAUGCCUUUUGUGAACUUCUUUCAGGUGAAAAAGGUCACCUUCUGCUUCUAUAUCAGGACUAUAUGAUAUCCUUGAAACUUAAAGGAUAUGAUCAAGCAUGAACUUCUAACUGAAUUUUCUCAUGUAAAAGAUCAUCCUUGAAGCAUGGAGGUGCUGCAGUGUGAUGGCUGUGAUUUUCGAGCUCCAUCUUAUGAAGACCUAAAAGCUCACAUCCAGGAUGUUCACACUGCUUUCCUGCAGCCAACUGAUGUCUCUGAGGAGAGUCCUAGCCAGCCAAGGUCUGGUUCCAUGAAUGCUAGCAACCAGACUGAAGUUGAAUUUUCUUCUGUAAAGGAUGAAUUUACAAUUGCAGAUGAAAUUGCAGGGCAAAAUGCAACAAGUCAGAUGGGGACUGGAAGUUACUAUAGCCAGAGCCAGACUUUCUAUGGUCAGCAUAUGGCUCCAAAUCCUAAACCAACCAACAAAUUUUUCCAGUGCAAGUUCUGUGUGCGUUACUUCCGUUCCAAAAACCUCCUUAUAGAGCACACACGCAAGGUUCAUGGAGCACAGGCUGGGGGGAGCUCAGUGGGGCCACCAUCCGCUAGUUCCUUAAAUUACAACAUCAUGAUGCAUGAAGGGUUUGGCAAAGUUUUCAGUUGCCAGUUCUGCACCUACAAGUCACCCAGGCGUGCAAGGAUUAUUAAGCACCAGAAAAUGUAUCACAAAAACAACCUGAAAGAGAGUUCAACUCCCCCCGCAGCUUCCACUGCUAUAUCUGAAUCGACAUCUGCUUCUGUGCCAGUGCAGGAACCCUGCAAGGAGCUGCCUGCAGAGGUGGUGGAACGGAGCAUUUUGGAGUCCAUGGUCAAGCCCCUGACAAAGUCUAGGGGCAACUUUUGCUGUGAAUGGUGCAGCUACCAGACACCUCGAAGGGAGCGCUGGUGUGACCACAUGAUGAAGAAGCACCGCAGCAUGGUGAAAAUACUGUCAAGCCUGAGGCAGCAACAAGAAGGAACCAGUGCACCUGAUGUACAGAAUAAGAGUGCCCAGAAUGCCUCCCCAAACUCUAAUUAUAUUUCCAUGAAUACAACAGGACGUGAGAUGUCUAAUGCCAAUGUCUCAAACUUCAGGAGCUCUAUGGGCAAUUCCCUUAUCAGGCCCAACUCUUCUACAUCUUCCAAGUUUUCUUCUGUGUCUUACCCUCAAAUGAAGCCUAAGUCACCUCACAAUUCGAGCAUAGUUAAUUUGUCUGACAGAUCCCGCUAUGGAAUUGCUGAUAUGACAAAUUCUUCUGCUGACCUGGAAACAAACAGUAUGCUAAAUGACUCCAGCUCAGAUGAAGAGCUAAAUGAAAUGGACAGCGAGAAUGGCUUGAACUCCAUGGAUCACCAGACCACAGGAAUGUCUGCAGAGCAGCUGAUGGGAUCUGAUGGCAACAAACUAUUGGAGACAAAGGGAAUUCCCUUUAGAAGGUAUAUGAACAGGUUCCAGUGUCCUUUUUGCCCUUUCCUGACAAUGCACCGCCGAAGCAUUUCACGUCACAUUGAGAACAUCCACCUGUCUGGGAAGACAGCUGUAUACAAAUGUGAUGAAUGUCCUUUCACUUGUAAGAGUUCAUUAAAACUUGGUGCCCACAAGCAAUGCCAUACAGGUACAACGUCAGACUGGGACACUGUGAAUUCUCAGGCUGAAAGCAUUGCCUCUUCUUUGAACGACAGUGCAGUGUCAUAUGAGAGUGGAAAUAUAAACGGUAGGAAGUCUGCUGGGAUGAUGGAACCAGUGCAGCAGCAGCAACAGCAACAACAGCAAUCACCCCAGCCCCACUCACAGCAUCCACACAAGUGCACAAUGUGCAACUAUUCCACUACGACUUUGAAAGGCCUCAGAGUUCAUCAGCAGCACAAGCACUCAUUCUGUGACAACUUGCCAAAAUACGAUGGACCACCAUCCAACACACCACAAGAGAGUGAGGCAGAUGCUCACACUUCUGCCAGCACGGUGAAGAAGAGCCAGACCUCAAUCCUUGGGCUCUCAUCUAAAAAUAAUUUUGUUGCAAAGGCCCCUCGGAAGGUGUCAAACGAUUUCCCUUUAGAUCUCUCACCAGUGAAAAAGAGAACUAGAAUUGAUGAAAUAGCGAGUAAUCUGCAGAGCAAAAUCAGCCAGAACAAACAGCAAGAAGAUGCUGUGAUUAACGUAGAGGAUGAUGAGGAAGAGGAGGAAGACAAUGAGGUGGAGAUAGAAGUGGAGUUAGACAGAGAAGAAGAGCAAACAGAACCAAUGAUAGAAGUUUCCAGUUCUUAUGCACCACAGCAAAUGUGGGGAAGAGAGGCUAAUGAUUCCCAGAAGGAGACGAACUUCAGAAGCUUGCAGCAUGAUUACAAUUCUGCCAAUGGAGCAGAGAUUGAGCUCACUCUAUCAGAAGAUGAGGAAGAUUAUUAUUCUUCCGUCAGCAUGAAGGAACAUCAGAGCCCUAAUGCCUCUGUUCUGGGGGGCCAGUCAAACAUGUAUGGUACUGAUCAGAACAAUGAGAAUGCAGAGUUUAACGACUCUGGCAGGCUUUACUAUUGUAAACACUGUGAUUUCAGCAACAAAUCUGCCCGGAGUGUUAGCACCCACUACCAGCGAAUGCAUCCCUAUAUUAAAUUCAGUUUUAGGUAUAUCUUGGAUCCCAAUGAUCAUAGUGCAGUAUACAGAUGUCUUGAGUGCUAUAUUGACUACACAAACUUUGAAGACCUGCAGCAGCAUUAUGGAGAGCAUCACCCUGAAGCUAUGAAUGUACUGAACUUUGAUCAUUCUGAUUUGAUCUACCGCUGUCGCUUCUGCUCUUACACAAGCCCAAAUGUUAGAAGCCUGAUGCCACAUUACCAAAGAAUGCAUCCCACAGUGAAAAUUAACAAUGCAAUGAUAUUUUCAAGUUACGUUGUUGAACAGCAAGAAGGACUGAACACAGAGUCUCAAACACUAAGAGAGAUCUUGAAUUCUGCUCCAAAAACUAUGGCAACCUCUACCCCUGUGGCUCGCGGGGCCGGUGUGCCAGCUGGCUUUAACAAAAGUGCUGCCAAGAGUUUUAGCCCCGAAUGUGAAAAUCAGAAGGAACCUUCAGUCAAUAGCGUGGUUGUUUAUGACUGUGAUGUGUGUUCAUUUGCAAGCCCUAACAUGCAUUCAGUUUUGGUUCAUUACCAGAAAAAGCACCCUGAAGAAAAAGCAUCAUAUUUCAGAAUUCAGAAGACCAUGCGUGUAGUUUCUGUUGAUAGGGGCUCUGCCCUGGCUCAGAUGUCUUUUGAGAUGGGGACACCCGUCUCACCAAAAUUGUCCAACUUGGCUUCUCCACCUCCCCCACCACCACCCCCAGACCUUGCUACUGAACUCUACUAUUGCAAACACUGUUCAUACAGCAACCGCUCAGUUGUGGGAGUGCUUGUCCACUACCAGAAAAGGCACCCAGAGAUAAAGGUCACUGCCAAAUAUAUCAGACAGGCACCUCCCACUGCAGCAAUGAUGAGGGCUGGUGAGCUGCCACCUGGUAUACAGAGGCCACCAGUGUCAAUGCAGCAGUUGAGCCGAGGUGGUUCUGAUACCUCUGUUAAUCCUCCUGAGAAUGAAAUGUUUUUCUGCCAACACUGUGAUUAUGGAAACCGAACCGUGAAAGGCGUGCUCAUUCAUUAUCAAAAGAAGCAUCGUGACUUCAAAGCUAAUGCAGAUGUGAUUAGACAGCAUACAGCCACCAUUAGAAGCCUUUGUGAUCGCAGCCAGAAGAAGUCAUCUGGCAGCGUGUCUGCUCACACCUCUGGCACUGAACGGGACAAGUCCAAGCUGAGAGCCCUCAAGUGCAGGCAGUGUAGCUACACAUCACCUUACUUCUAUGCACUGAGGAAGCAUAUUAAGAAAGAUCACCCAAAUCUGAAGGCCACGGUUACAUCCAUUCUGAGAUGGGCAUUUUUGGAUGGUUUGAUAGAGGCUGGUUAUCACUGUGAGUGGUGCAUUUAUUCACACACAGAGCCAAGUGGUUUGCUUGUGCAUUACCAAAGGAGACAUCCUGAGCAUUACGUUGACUAUACAUAUAUGGCAACUAAACUCUGGGCAGGUCCUGAUCCUUCCCCUCCUGCCCUAGUGUUGCCAACAGAGGCAAAGACCUAUAAAUGCAGAGACUGCAUUUUUGAAGCAUCUUCCAUUUGGGAUAUUACUAAUCACUACCAAGCUUUUCACCCUUGGGCCAUGAAUGGGGAUGAAUCUGUGCUGUUAGAUAUCAUCAAGGAGAAAGAUGCUGCUGAGAAAUCUGGCACACAGCCUGAUGAAGCUGGAGUCAGGAUGGAUUCUGAAGACCAGAUAACGACCUCGCAAAUGGACCAGGAAUCAGAGUGCGCGGAGGAUCCUAGCCUUUCCCAGGAGAAAACUGUACAGCUGGCUUCUGCAAACCCUGCCAUCUCCUCUACUCCCUAUCAGUGUACAGUCUGCCAGUCUGAAUACAACAACUUGCAUGGACUUCUGACACAUUAUGGCAAAAAACAUCCUGGCAUGAAAGUGAAAGCUGCAGACUUUGCUCAGGAUAUAGACAUUAACCCAGGGGCUGUGUACAAGUGUAGACACUGCCCGUACAUUAACACACGCAUUCAUGGCGUUCUCACACACUACCAGAAGCGGCACCCAUCAAUAAAGGUCACUGCUGAAGACUUUGUGCAUGAUGUGGAGCAGUCAACUGAUAUUGCUCAGAAUGAUGUGGAAGAGACAAGUAGGAUUUUCAAGCAAGGCUAUGGUGCUUAUCGAUGUAAACUGUGCCCUUAUACUCAUGGUACACUGGAGAAGCUCAAAAUUCACUAUGAGAAAUACCACAAUCAGCCUGAAUUCGAUGUUUUUGCCCAGUCACCACCAAAAGUGUCUGCUUCCCUGGAGCCAGACAUGGUGACUGAAAUCAAGGCCUCUCCAGAAAUUGCUGCUGAGGAUGUCGGAGAAAUCUCUGUUGCAGCACCUCAUUUCUCCAGUUCUCAUUUAGUGUCUCACACAGUUUUCCGGUGUCAGCUCUGCAAAUAUUUUUGCUCUACCCGGAAGGGGAUAGCCAGGCACUACCGCAUCAAACAUAACAAUGUCCGGGCACAGCCAGAGGGCAAGAACAACCUCUUCAAAUGUGCUUUGUGUUCGUACACCAACCCUAUCCGCAAAGGGCUUGCGGCACACUACCAGAAAAGACAUGACAUUGAUGCUUACUACACUCAUUGCUUAGCAGCCUCCAGGACAGUAAGCGACAAACCCAAUAAAGUGAUCAUUCCAUCUCCUCCCAAAGAUGACACUCCUCAGUUAAGUGAGGAACUGAGGAGAGCUGUAGAGAAGAAGAAAUGCUCGCUUUGUUCCUUCCAGUCCUUCAGCAAAAAGGGUAUUGUGUCCCACUACAUGAAACGUCACCCUGGUGUUUUCCCGAAGAAGCAGCAUGCAAGCAAACUGGGGGGUUACUUCACUGCCGUGUAUGCUGAUGAGCAUGAAAAGCUGACUCCAUCUGAGGAGAGGAAUGACUUCGAGAAGCCUGAAGUGGAGAGUGAGGCUCAGGAAAUUGAGUGGCUUCCCUUCAGGUGCAUAAAAUGUUUCAAGCUGUCCUUUAGCACAGCGGAGCUGCUGUGCAUGCAUUACACUGACCACCACAGCAAGGAUUUGAAGAGAGACUUUACCAUACUGGGAAGUGGCACCCGCUCUCAGAAUGCUGUCUACCAGUGCAAGCACUGUGAUAUGAAAUUGCAUAGCACAGCAGAGCUGACUGCACACUUGAAUGGUCACAAUGAGGAGUUCCAGAAACGUGCCAAACGUCAGGAGAGGAGGAAGCAGCUUUUGAGCAAGCAGAAAUACGCAGAUGGUGCUUUUGCAGAUUUCAAACAAGAGAGGGCUUUUGGACACCUGGAAGAUGUUUCAAAGCUUAAAGAACGGAAAGUGGUUGGUUACAAGUGUAAAUUUUGUGUGGAAGUCCAUCCAACACUUCGAGCCAUUUGUAAUCACCUCCGCAAACAUGUCCAGUAUGGGAAUGUCUCUUCUGUGUCAGCUACAGUAAAGCAGGAAGCUGAAGAUUCUUCAAACACAACUUUGGAGGGUUUUGAGGGAGCCAAAGACCCUGGCAUUCUGGAAUUUGCAGAAGCUGAAUCUGGAGCAUCCUUGGAAGAUGAAACCAGGCCUGGGGGCUACCACUGCAGCCAGUGUGACCGGGUUUUGAUGUCUAUGCAGGGUCUGCGAUCUCACGAGAGGAGUCAUUUGGCUUUGGCCAUGUUUACCCGGGAAGACAAGUACAGCUGCCAGUAUUGCUCCUUUGUCUCUGCUUUCAGGCACAAUCUGGAUCGUCAUAUGCAGACCCAUCAUGGACACCAUAAGCCGUUCCGUUGCAAAUUGUGCCCAUUCAAGUCCUCUUACAAUAGCCGCCUGAAAACCCAUAUACUCAAGGCUCAUGCUGGUGAACAUGCCUACAAAUGUUCCUCCUGCUCAUUUUCCACCAUGACAAUCAGCCAGCUGAAAGAGCAUUCCUUGAAAGUGCAUGGGAAAGCACUGACACUACCAAGACCCCGCAUUGUCAACCUUGCAGCCUCACACGCCCACCACACCUCCAAGAACCACACUCCUGCUGAAGAAGUGGAGGACUCUAAUGCUUGUGCCUAUUGCCUCUCAUCCUGUCACUGGACAUCACUGAAAAGAGCCCAGCUCCAACUUCCUUGCACCUUCCCUUCAGACUCUUCAUACUCGGAGCCUCCUGAUGUUCAACAGCAGCUGAACCACUACCAGUCUGCAGCUUUAGCCAGGAACAACAACGUCAGUCCAAUCCCUCUUUCAGGGAGUGCUGCAGGAAUGGAAAAAACGGAAGCCGUCCUUAACUGUGAAUUUUGUGAAUUCUCCUCGGGUUACAUCCAGAGUAUUCGGCGUCACUACCGUGACAAGCAUGGAGGGAAAAAACUUUUCAAGUGCAAAGAUUGUUCCUUUUAUACGGGCUUUAAAUCUGCUUUUACUAUGCACGUGGAAGCUGGGCAUUCGGCAGUUCCUGAGGAAGGACCCAAAGACCUUCGCUGCCCUCUUUGCCUAUAUCACACCAAAUACAAACGCAACAUGAUUGACCAUAUAGUUCUGCACAGAGCUGUUGCUUCACCUGCACAAACCAGCCUUGAGUCCUUGCACUGCUGAAACAACUGGUAGCAAAUGGUAUGAUUAUACACCCACUGCACUGGAAGAGGUAAAACAGUAAAAUAAGUUUUAAUGCAAAUGGGAGCUUAGCUGCUAAAGAAUCUACUGAAGGAAGCACAAGGAUCUUCUCAGGCUUUAGAAGUGAUGGUAGUGAAGUUAGUAUGGUCAUCCUUUGAAGUUAUUUCCAGUGCAUGUAUCCAGAUUAAAAAUAAAACAAAAAAUAACCUUUCAGUUGUGUUUACUGCUUGGCAUAUGAAGCAGAUGAUUUUGACAAGAUUUAACAUGCACUGUUAAAUCCCUCUCAUGGGAGAGAGGCUGAGAGACGCUGAACACAGUCUGAGAUAUCCUUCCUCUUAUUGGCAUUGUAUUUAUCAAAUGAGCAUGGUGCUGAACUGUGGUCCAAAAAAAAUUAAUUUUUUAGGUAGAUGGAGUAGUGCAGCAUGUAAAAUCAAGAGUGAAGCAUUUGAUCUAUUUAAUAUUUAAUUUUCAUCCAGUGUAAAAAGACACGUUCACAGAUGCAUAAUUCUUAUAUUCUUUCCAAAUUGUUGCAGCUGUAGCCCUUGAUGAAACAGCAUGUGUUUGAAGUGGAGAGUAUAUGUGUCUCUUAAUAGGUGGCUGUGGAAGUUGACUCAUACAGGGCUAAAGCUUAUAAGCUAUAAGGCUGAAUGGCUUAUAAGAAAGAAUUACAUGAGGAAUUUGCUUCCUGCUAAGGAUGUGGGGAAACAGGAUGCAUCCAAGAGUCUUCCUACAGGUGUAACCUAUUCUGUUCAAUCAGUUCUUUAUCAGUGUAGAAGCUGUUCAGUGUCCCUUCUGUAGGCACAUGUAAAGCACAGGCUCCUUGCCUUUUGGUGAGCUGUAUCAAAGGAUUGACACAGCUGGAAGGUUUGGUCCUCUGCUGUGCAGGCAUGUGAAGAGAUGAAGUGUGGCUAGGCAAGCAUGGGGACCUUCUAUGGAGAAGAAAGUGAAAUCUUGCUCCACAGCCAGCAGAGCAACUGGGGUUUAACUUAGUCUGGACAGUGCAGUUCAGUUUCAUUAUCCUUUUUGGUACCAUUCCCAUCACACAUUUUGAAACACAAUAAAUGUCUAGGUCUGAUGCAACUUACCAGGAUCGGUAUUAGGUCUACUUUGAAGUCCUUGGGGUUUUAUAUUUUCUUCUUUUUGAGAUCAUUUUACUCUCUUGCUGGUACAGAUAGGGUUUUUUCUUUCAUUGAAUAGAAAUCCCAUCCAUUUCUAUUGACUGGUAAAUUCAAGACAAAAAAGUGAAAUUUUCAACUUAAUAUACCUCCCCAAAGGCUUCAAUGCUAAAUAUCCUGUUUCCAUGCACAUGGUUGUUUCUGCUGUUAUCCCUUGUAGACACAUCUUCAUUCAUACGUACGCCUGUGCUCUGCUUGCUUUUGGCUAAUGGAGCACGAAAUGCUAUGUGUUAAGUGAUUGUAAUUACGAUUUACAUUGAUUAUGGCAAAAAUACAUAUGGACAAACACCUGACAUACCAAAUAAUUUGUCUGUAGGACUGUUUGUGCUUGGUCUAUGUUUAAGGGAAGGAACUGAGUCACAUAUAGUAUGGUGUGUUGCUGGGUAAAGAUUUUUCCUUAUAUUGAAGGACUGAUAAAGCCAGUCUUUAUCUAUACCUUGAGGGAAAAAGUACAUGUCUGCUUUGUGUUGCUGUACUGCAAGUACCUCGUGCAUUGGUGAUCUUUCAGUGUGUUCUCUGAUCUGCACUGGAAUUAACCUGGAUAUUUCUGUCUAAGAUUAAAUUUCUUAAACUGAGAUUAUGCUGUUUAGGUGUUUGUUUUGAUAUUUUUAUUUUUUCCUUAUACUUCUUGCUACGGUUACACAAUUUGUGACAUCUUUUUUAUGAGGCAUACACUGGAGUCCUUUUUUAGAUGUUGUUAAAUCUGAAGAAGUCUACAUCUGGAAAAAAAAAAAACCUAAAUCUUUCAAUUUGUGUAGGAACUUCUAUGGUUUGCUGGAGUUUUGCCAGUUGUUCAUGUAUGAUAAAUGCAGUCUGAAUGAAUAAUUAAAUACAAACAGCUUUGUAGAGGCAAAACAGGUCUGGGAACAUCACCUUACAAAAUGUGAAGUUCUGGGUUCAGAUGACCCUGGAAGUUCCAAGACAUUGCCUGGAGGAAACUCACUAUGAAUACUCAUGUAAAGCUUCUAAAUCAUCCCUUAAAAGUAAAAUCCUUCAGGCUAUAAUUGGUGUUUACUUUUAUCUCGUUUUUUCUCAUGUUACUGUGCUGCUUUUCAUUUGAUGAGCAUAUGUGUGAUUGUCUGUGAGAUAAUAGGUUUCCUUGAUGUGAGUUGGGAGAUGCUGCAUUGCUUCAUAGUGGUAGAUAAAAUGUUUCUGUGGUGUUUGUUUUUAAAUCUAUGCCAUAUGCUAGAGGAAAGGUGAAUCUUCAGUUAUUUUAGUUGGUGUUUCUUUUUUUGAACACUUAACUUGGCUUUUCCACUUUUGAAACCAGCUGCUUCGCUUCCUUCAGGAAGUCCAAAAGCACACAGUGGCAACAACCUUCUAAAAAAGUCUUUCUCUGGCCACAGAAUCACAACGUCAGAUUCUGUUGUCUUUUAGACUAUUUUCCCUUCCCUGCUUCCCACAUUGAAAGGCCACAAGUCAGCAUCUGUAUAGCUAGAGACGUUGUUAGUAUAGAAAAGAACCACAAGACCUCAGCAUUUUUCGAAGGCAUAGCUUUGGGAAAAGUUUUACUUUUUGAAGUGGCCAAAGAGGAAGCCAAGAGGUAGGAAAGCUUCAGUGUACAGGGAGAAGCUGAGGAGGAUGGAGUAUUUUGAUGGGCUGUGGAACAGGUCUCGUGAGCAGUGGUAGUGUGUGAGUUGGCUACAGAUGAGAGAAUAGUGGAGCUUUUGCCACCUUCCAGAAAAGCCAUAAAGCAGUCUGUAUUUCUUUAGUUGUCUUUGGAAGCGAUGUUACCCACCUCACUAAAGGGAAGGGACCAUUAGCUCAGAUCCAUAUGAGGAUUGCCCUUACCCCUCAUGUUAACUGAGUUUCUGGCCUACGGUUUUUUGCUCAUUUGUUUUUACCUGUUGUUCAGGAUGACCUGUAUGAGGAGGAUCCUCCUCUAAUCUGCAGUCCGUAAGGGAUAGCGGCACUAAAGUUCAGUGUUAAUUAAAAAGCCCAGUUGAGUAACAGAAGCUCAUAAUUGGUCUGUAAGGGAUUUUUUGGUGACCUUCAGCUGAAAGGUUAAACUUGGGAUUUCCCUCAUGCACACAGCUUGUGGAAACACAGUGGAUGAGUGUUACACACAUCCAAUUCUUACUCUGUAAAAAGACUGAAAUUAAUUACUACUUUGUUAAAUGUACGUUAUUUGAGAGGCGAAGAGUUUAGAAACUCAGUGACACCAUUUGCAGUACAUGCCUAUGUCCCUGACCUGAACUGUGGGAUGCGUGACAUGAUGUGUGCACAGAUUUUGAGUCUGAGCUUUCUGAAAGUUAUGGGUGCAUUGGGAGUUUCGGCUGCUGGCUGGACUGCAUGGCCUCUUCCAGGAAAAGGCACUGCCUUACUUGCCCCCUCAGUCACCACUGAGGGGCUUUGAAUAUGACAUUGAGAAUACCAGCUUUGAUUUUUACAGCACUCUGCACCUUCCAUUUUUAUUAGAUUUCUAGCAGCCAUUUCUGGACAAAAAUGGUCUAUUGAUUUGCCUGAUUUAUGACUGCUUUUGUAUUCGCAGGCUCUGCAUCUUGGUCACAGAUUGAGUCUCAUUCAUCCCCCAGAUUUCCAUUCCUAUCAUUGUUACCCAAAGAGCAGUUGCAUUUGUAGCCUUGAAGGAUUGACCCUGUUGUUGCAGAGAAGUUAUUUUGUGGGCUUUUGUGUGUGUGUGUGUGUUAGUCGAGUUUGGUUCCCACUCCUAUGCAGGCAGACUUGCAUACCCCUAAAGGAGGUUCUGUUCCUUGUGUAGGUGGUAGUUUCCACACUGUUGAAACAUGGCCUGAUACUUAGUAAAAUUUGUUAAGUGAACCUUGUCCUGUUC